AAUAGAAUAAAUUACACGGUUAAAUUCGGAUGAUCCGCGCGAUCGAAAAUAUUCACCUACUGAAAUGUAGAGAAUGCAGAAAAUCCGCAAAUUACUCGCCUUCAAAGCUUCCAAGUUCAGCGCAUCAGAAAUACCAAGAAAAAACAUCACCCGCGGGGAAAAUGUCCCCUGAACGACAAACGACAAAACAAAAAAGACCCGACAACCGUGGUGGCGUCUGAAAAAGCCACAGCCACACCUCCAUAGGCAUAACCGAGAAACUCCUGCCCACCAGACGUGUGAAAUUGGAGGGGGAAAUGUCGCCCUGCGAUUGGCCUAAACGCCAACACUGACACCCGUCCGCCAAUAGCGUGGCGUUACCAUCAUUAACACAGCCAAGUGUUGCCGUUGUGGGGUUCGCUCUAUAGUCCUGUACUGUCUUUUCAUCGGUAUAGAGGUGUUACGGUUCACACUCACUCUUAACCCUAAUUUCACUGGGAUUUGGACUCUCCGUCGCGAGGCUGAAACUAGUGCGUGAAUUGUCAACUGACUGCCAAAUAGUGGACCGAUAGUGCUGUGAAAACAAGUGAAAAAGUGUUAGAACCAUGACAUCGCUCUUGUAAAUUCAGAAGACUAUGCUCCAAUUUUACAACAUUUUAAAAAUCAGAUAUUUAUGAUUCAUUUGAAGCGGUCGAAGAAUCUGUCGGAUUCUGCCGCUUUUCAGCCAAACAAAUGCGUUACGAAACAGGAAUAGACACCGUUCUAGACAAGGGAAAAAGUAAUAUGGCCUACCACCCCUUUCUGCAGCUUCCUAGACAGACAGACUUUAGCGUUUCCUCGCUGCUCACGGCCGCUAAUAAUAGUGCGAACUCCUCGGGCUCACCUGGAGGCCCGUCCUUCUUUCCGUCGGCGGCGUUGGCAGCGUUCGGGGCGCAGCAAAACCACCACGGGUGCUAUCCGGGAACUCUAAUCCCGAAAAUCAAUCACCCCCAUCCGCAUCAUGCCUUGACCGGUCACCCUUACACCACAGCUGAAGACGUCGUUUUGGCCGCGGUUGCCGCUCACAAUAACCACCACCCUGCCAUGAUGAGGCCUCUCAGGGCGAUACAACCCGAAGAAGACGGUGUAGUUGAUGAUCCUAAAGUGACUUUAGAGGGGAAGGACUUGUGGGAAAAGUUUCAUAAGUUGGGAACUGAGAUGGUGAUCACUAAGAGUGGCAGGCGCAUGUUUCCUGCUUACAAAGUCCGCGUUUCGGGCCUAGACAAAAAAUCCAAAUAUAUACUACUAAUGGACAUCGUGGCUGCUGAUGACUGUAGAUAUAAAUUCCAUAACAGUCGAUGGAUGGUAGCUGGCAAGGCGGAUCCUGAAAUGCCAAAAAGAAUGUACAUACAUCCUGACAGCCCGUCUACUGGGGAGCAGUGGAUGCAGAAGGUAGUGUCAUUCCACAAACUCAAGUUGACCAACAAUAUAUCGGACAAACAUGGAUUUUUGAAAGAAAAAGCUGUAGAUUUUCUGACGAUAUUGAAUUCAAUGCACAAAUACCAACCAAGGUUUCAUUUGGUGAGGGCGAAUGAUAUUCUCAAACUUCCCUACUCAACGUUUCGAACCUAUGUCUUCAAGGAAACCGAGUUCAUUGCCGUCACCGCUUAUCAAAAUGAAAAGAUCACCCAAUUAAAAAUUGACAACAAUCCAUUUGCGAAGGGGUUCAGGGAUACUGGAGCAGGAAAGAGGGAGAAAAAUUACAGGCAGGCUAUGCUGGCUCAAAGGCAUUCUGACGACAAGACUUCACAUCCGUUACCAGCUCGAAUGUCAGCUGAUAGCAGCACCGUCUCCAAAACCGACGAUUCUGAAUUAGACGUGGUCGGAACAGCGGAUAGUCCGAGACCGUCCCUGCAUUCAUCUACUCCUGUGGCAUCCUCUAUGAACCAUUCAGGAGCGGAAGAUGACUCGAUUCGCAGACGGCUCCAUGACGACUCUGGUUCCGAGAGCAGCUGCUCGGAGUCUCCUGGCAGUACCGCCUUCCGACCACGUCCUUCUUCUCCCAAAGAUCCUUCCGCCGGUCCUUCAAAUCCUUCUGGCGAAUACCCCUCCCCUAACAUAAGUGUUGGUCCUCCUAUUCACCCGCCGCCGCAUUUACUUCCCUACCUUUACCCACAUGGCAUGUAUCCAGGUGCAGCGGGGCACUCACCUUUUGGCCCUCCUCUGAGUCUCUUCACUGGUGCGCAUAACCCUGGAAUGAAUCCCAGUUUGCUCUUCAACGCGCAGCUAGCGCUUGCAGCUCAGCAUCCCGCACUAUUCUCCCAUUACCAAAACCUAGCUCAUCCAAAUCCUCACGGACACCACUUGUCGCCUACUUCUCCUCUGCACGGUCACCUCAAAGGGGGGCAUCGUUUCACUCCCUACACCCUCCCCAACUCCACGACGGGAGUAAGUUCGUCACCUCUGGGCAGUGCAUUCGAAACCGUCACACCCAGCUCUCACACAAGAAGCCUCAGUAAUUCCCCCUCGGGAAAAAUGAGGGCAAAUUCGCUCUCCCCGCCGAUGAGACCAAAUACGAGUUCACCAAAACCGGAAUCCGCGAGCUCGCCAAGUGAUCUGAAGAGUAUAGAAAAAAUGGUGAAUGGUCUCGACGUGAAACAGAGCGAGAGUUUGAGUGAUAAAUAGUGAUCUUAAGGAGCCAUACUGUUUUGUUCAACCGUACUUUAUAUAUUAAUUCGACGACUCUCAAUUAAUUAGAUUUCUUAAGAAAAAAAGGCUUUCCAAAGUUGAUCCUUCGAAGAAAUUCUGUGUUACCGAAGUUGAACGGAUUGCCAUGAAAUUAGACAAUGGAAAUUGACAAUUAGCUAAAAAAGGUCCUAUUUUUACCUAGGAUGAUUAUUUAAAAUAUUCCAUGGCGACCUGUUAAUAUUCCAAAUCAAUUAUCGAGUUUGGAAAUUUCUAUCGCGCAGUAUUUCCAUUCCUGAUGCAACAUACGGUGACUGACAUAGUGGACCUGUGAUAGACCCGUGAGGAGAUGUAACGCUGUUACCAGGGUAUUUCUGUUAUGUUGAGAGUCGGUAAACUUCAGGGUUUUCGCCAAUUCGAAACAUUUUUUCUGAUGAAUCACUUCGGAAUUAGCGAAGACUUUGUAUACGGGGUGUUUUUGCAAUAAAUAUGAAGCUCAUUAAUCAUGUUCCCUAAUCGAAUGGAAAUUUGUAAAAUAUAAAUUUGAGGAGUUAUAUAUUGCUCUAAAGGAUUUGAAUAUAUAAUUUCCACAAGUUAGUGUAAUACCGAGUCGAACUGCUUUUUCCUAAACUCAUCAAGUACAAAAACAAAAUAUGUGUAUUUGAAUCAAUGACUUAUUGAAUACCGCAGUUAUUUUUGAUUGAUUUUUAUUGGUGCUCCUAUUUUUAGUUCCAGGCACUAAAAGUUAUACCACAUUCUUCACGUUGUAUGGUAUGGAAGAGAUGCAUAUACAAAUCGCUUAUUGGAAAAAUCAUAACAAUUCAUUUUCCAAUUUAAAAUGAAAAUGAAGACAAAGAAUAGAUUUUAUAGUUUUGAAACUCUUUAAUCAACCAACGUAAUUUCGUUCAGUUUAUCUUGCAAGUCACACAACUCCUACAUUCUUGGGGAAUUUGUAUUACAAUAUUAUUCCAUAAAGCGGUGUAUAUUUCUCUCAAUGAAAACUCAUAGCUUAUAAACAGUAGCUGGUAUUUUAUAAUUUUUAGUGCCAUUAGAGUGAUUUUAUAGACUGUACUCUUUGAACGUACGAACCUAUACUUUGUUCCUUUUUUGGGUAUUUUAAAUUUGUAAAUAAUGCUUGUAAACUUAAGAGUGUACAUAACUGUUCUUGUGUUACAAAGAUAUGUAAAUUGUAUAUUAUCAUUCACUGUAUAUUAUAACUUUACAUGAGUUUAAUUGGUAAUUUAUUCCGAAAAUUUUACAUCCCAAUGAUCAUUAAAAGAUUAUUGAGAAAAAUACAGUCAAGCUCACUUGAUUUACAAAAAGUUGCAAUUUCUGUGGUGUAUCUACCAUUUUGUGUAAAUAGUUUGUUUAUUUCUGAAGAUUCUGUAUAAACGCUUUUAUGUUCACGUUGAGUAGUGCCAAUGAUAUUGAGGAAGAAAAGAGAAUAUUUAUUAUUUAUGUUGUACUUUAGUUUCAAAUUGUUCGUGUUGGUACUACUCAAACAAAAUAUUGAAAGUAGCAAAUGUCAAGUGUCUUGUGUAUAUGUCGUAUAAUUUAAGAAUAAAAAUAAUAUUCAUAUGAACAUUAAA